AUGACUUCUGAACAGGGCAAAGGCCCCCCCAAAGGUGGGAUGUCGCUUUAUGCGAAUCUACUAGGGGACUCUGAUGCACCAGGGACUAUCUCUCGCGCACCAGUUGUCUUCAAACAGAGCUCAGAGUCCGAGUCGCAAGCCGAGGACUCAACAGCCAAGAAGCAACAACUGAAUACUGCUUCACUCCGUUUUCAACCCACAAAAAGACCGCAACAAGCAUCCCAAAAGCCCAAGCCCAAGCACGCUUUCCCCAAGGCAGCGCCACAGCCCACCCCCAACCAGCCAUCGGUGUCAGUGAAGAGCACCGUGGCCGACUGGACUUCCAGAGAGGAGGACGAUCACGAGUAUUACGCGGGCAAUAAGCGACAACGCGGCGGAAGAAAGAAGCGCAAGAAGAACCCCCACGAGCAAGUUCAUGUUGCCGAGGAUUGGGAUGCCCCCUAUGAUCCUACGUGGCCAACCAACUACCAAGAAUACCGGCAUAGCGAUGAGAAAAUCAGUGAAGUUCGAGAAUGGAAAGACCAUCUGUACAGACAUCGGAUGAGACGUUCUCCAACCCAGGAUUCGGAUAGUGAAGGUGAUGCCCAGCCAACAAACAAGCAAUUCGCGCCUCCCAGCAGCUUUGCGCCCCCACCUAACAUCAAUGACGUGCCCCCACCCCCGCCUCCUACCGAUGUUCCGAAUGAUGCAUCUGGGGAGGACGCUUUUGCUCGACGCGCAGCUCUAGCUCAAUCUACACACACACAGCCCCCACCACCUCCACCCGAGGAGCCAUACCAGAUUCCCCGACCCGAUAUUCCACCCGCUCAACCAAAACCUCUCGACACCUUCCAACCUAGCUCCGCAACAAUCUCCCGGGCUCCAGUCCGCUACAAUCUGCCACCACCCCCCGAAGACAUUCCUGCUUCUGAAGCCGAACUAGAAGCUGCGUUAGCGCAAGAAGAGCAGGAUGCAGGAGAACCAAAUGAAGGUGCGCCUCGCUCAAACCGACCCGGCCAACAGGGCUUCGCGGAAAGAUUGCUUUCCAAGUAUGGAUGGACCAAGGGAACUGGACUUGGCGCUACCGGCUCUGGCAUGGUGAAGCCACUGCAGGUUCAGGUUGAGAAGCGCAAGAAGCGACCCGAUUCUGAAGGUGGUGGCUUUGUGACACCCGCUGGACGGGGUAAGAUCAUCGGAAGCAAAAGGUCUGACCAGUAUGAGAGCAAGUUCGGCCCCAUGUGUGAAGUCAUCAUUCUGUGGGGCAUGCUUGAUGGUAUUGAUAUCGACUCCGAACUGGAGAGCAGCCAUGAUGGUGGCUUGAUGCAGGAUAUUGGCGAGGAGUGUAACGAGAAGUAUGGAACUGUGGAACGAGUCUUUAUUGCUCGCAACGCCGGUAACCCUGUUCCUGUCUUUGUCAAAUUCGUCAGUCCGCUGUCUGCUCUACGUGCUGUCAAUGCUCUUGAGGGUCGCCUUUUCAAUGGAAAUGUUAUCGUGGCGCGGUUCUUUGACCGAGAGAAAUUCGAUCAGGGUAUCUACGAAGAUUAA